AUGGCUUUGCGACAGAGCAUAGCUCCUGAUUGUCCGAACUUGGAUAACGGAGACAUUUAUACACAAUCAGAGUUCCUAUCGCGAUUGGCUAACCAGUGCCGGUAUGAUCGGUUGCUGCUACCAACAUACCAGACCGGUGAAGUCGUCUACGUGCACGCAAGCGCUUACGUGUACUUCAUACAGCCUGCUGAAGCCCACGAUUUGAAUUUCAAACUACAUUUCCUCCUUCAACUUCGAUGGACCGACCCAAGAUUGGCAUAUACUUUGUAUUCACCUGAGAGAUCUAAAAUUAUCGGUGAGAGUGAUUUAAGGGAACGAAUUUGGGUUCCUCACCUUUAUAUGUCCAACGAGCAGUCCUCGAGCCUGAUGGGCACCGAUAGCAAAGAUGUCCUGAUAUCCAUAGCACCGGAUGGCGAGGUGCUUUUCAGUCGCAGAAUGCAGGCUGUACUGUACUGUUGGAUGAACUUACAGAAAUUCCCUUUUGACGAUCAAACCUGUGCUAUGAACUUAGAAAGUUGGAAAUACAACGCAUCUAUCUUACGAUUAAUGUGGGAAAAGGACAACCCAGUGAGAUUAUCUUCGGAGUUACAUCUCACAGAGUAUUCGCUCCUCGAUUACUGGACAAAUGAAUCUGUUGUACGUGGAGAUAUAGUCAAUAUGAGACUUGGCGGUAGAUCUGGCAAUUACAGUGCCCUGAAAUUUACCUUCAAGCUGGGUCGCGAAGUGGGUUACUAUCUUAUGGAUUACUUCAUUCCAUCUAUGAUGAUAGUGGCUAUGUCAUGGGUGACAUUCUGGUUACAAGCUGAUGCUGCUGCACCUAGAAUUACUUUAGGAGCAAGUACUAUGUUGUCAUUCAUCACCCUGGCAUCUUCACAAGCGAAAACCCUACCAAAGGUCUCUUACAUCAAAGCUAGUGAGAUUUGGUUCUUGGGGUGCAUAGGAUUUAUCUUUUCAGCUCUCAUCGAGUUUGCCUUUGUCAACACGAUAUGGCGUAGGAAGAAGGCAGUAAGCUUGAAGAAAGUAAACAGUAAGUACAUAUUGAAGAGCACAUUGACACCGCGACUGGUGCGUAAAGAGUUCCAGAAGGAAUUGCAAUCGUCGCCGCAACUCUCUAAAUCGCGAUCUUGCACAUCUCUCAACCGAGAGACUAGUACAGAUCCUGCAGGCCCUGGAUACAACAAUUAUCUGACAGUACAUAGCUUCCCAUCUGCAGUCAACUUACCAACGAUCACGACUCAGAGCUUCGACGAUUUAAUAGGAACAGCGGGUAAACCAGGUCAAGGACGCGGUAGUGUGACAUCUGGCGAAGAGCUACCAAAGCAUACGUGGACCACCAUGACCCCGCAAGAAAUUGCCAUUUGGAUCGACAAACGCUCCCGAAUACUGUUCCCGAUACUCUUCGUGUUUUUCAACAUCAUCUAUUGGACAUUCGUGUACUGUCUAUAA